GCGUUGCUUCCUUGCAGUGUCACGAUGGUGGUCUUCAAAGAUAUUGUGGUCAAGGGUCAAGAUUAUUUGCUGAUUUUGAGUGAUGAUGAGCAAGAGACGGAAAUGGGCAUGCAUCUAAGAGUAUUUCCGGCAUUGAUAGGCCACUAUGUGAAACCUUGGCCCAAACUUUUGAAUUCUCUAUAUCAGUCGGAAUGGACCAGCGAGAUCAGUUUGAACAAAGCGUCGAAGGCUCAUACAUUGCAUCCGGCCCGUCCUUGGCAAAGCAAGGAAUCCAAUUUUCUAUUGACUUUGAGGCGAAGGAUCAUCGAUAAAGAUGCCAAAUGGGGAAGGGUUACAAGCUUUCGUGGGGAAUUUCAUUUCUUUGAAGGCUAUUGGGAGUGGACUGAAGAUAUCCUUAGCCGCUGCGGGAAUGAACUCCGAGUUGUUGGUAUCUAUGAUGCAGUUUAUGCUUCUCUUUUCACUUAUGAUUGCCAACCCGAGAUGGUUAAAGCGUUCUGUGAAGCUUGGUAUCCUGCGACGAACACCAUUCUCACUUCAUCUGGCGAGAUGUCUAUUUCUCUAUGGGAUUUACAGUAUCUAUCAGGGCUUCCGUGUACCGGGACACUGUAUGAUGAGGUUGUACCCUGCGCGAAAGAGAUUCUUGGCAAAGAUCAGUUUGGUAACCCGUUCAUUCCCUUGAGUUGUAGAUAUUUACUCUCUGCUUACUAUUCUCUUAAGCAUCGUGAUGGCAAGGAUCCUAAGAGCUCAGUUUCUAUCGAUGAAUGGAUCAAAUUUUGGUCGAAGAAAGCUUCAAAGUAUUCUCAUCCUCCUGCUCGCAGGGCAAAGAAAUCUCAACGCCCCAAAUCGACUUAUAAUCCGAGUGGUUCAUUUGAAGCGCAUCAACCAUGGUCUUCUGAAGAAAGGGCUCCAUUCAUCGAGCUUGAUGCUAGUGACAAGUAUCACACCACUAUGUACUUGGCAGCUCAUAUAGCUUGCUGGUUGUGUAUCUUUGUUUUUCCAGAUGGUGAUGCCAUGUCGAUUAGACCAACCUCUUUCAAAAUGGCAAGUUUGAUGGCGUGCAAACAGAAAGUUGCCCUUACAGCUCCAGUUCUAGCCAGCAUCUACAAAGGGUUGAACACUAUCUCUAGUUCUAUGGAGCCUUCUCUUGUCCUGGUGACGCUACCCUUUCAUUUCAUAUAUGGUUGGAUAGCGCUCUAUUUCAACACUCACAUUCCCCUUCCAAGAAGCCUUGGUGUCGCCAAGAUGACUCUAUACUCAGGCGAAGGAGCUGCGAAGUAUUAUCUGCCUGUUGUGUGCCGCGAACGAAUUCAGUCGUACAAUUCGAUUCGUUGGAAUUGUACCACAUUCACCAAGGAAGAUGACAUUUUCUAUGUCGAUGGUGAAAAUACAAGAGAGAUUGAGCAAUGCUUCUUCAUGGCUAUUCGCUCGAGUUUUUUGGUUCGCCGGCUGGAUGACCACUUCAUCGUGGAGUCUUAUGGUCCUCACCGCUUCAGCCGUCAAUUUAGCUAUUACCAAAUCGUACCCAGCAGCCUUACUCAGAACAUUCGAAGGACAUCUCUGGAAGAAGGUCUCAACCUUUGGCGCAUGUGUUUGCUGCACAGAUCGCGAUCAAGGGCAUGUUUUCCCCGAUCUUCUUUGGACAUGAAGAUACAUUGUUCAGUCGACUACAAGACUUGGUGGGAUAUGACGUACAGAUUUUCUUCUGAAAACAAAAUCUCUUCUCCGGCUCAUAUCACUUUUAAAAGAAAAGAUCAGGAAGAAGCAAUCAACUCCAAAGAUGGAAAGAGGAAGGUCGUCUCUACCACCCUUAUAGCUGAUUCUGGUAGUAGCAAUUCUGAGCGUAAUUGGAAAAAGAAGAGAAUUGCGGGGUCCUCAAAACCGGCCGAGGGUCACGUUGAGGAAGAGCCAACUCUAGUGGAUGCCGAUGUGAACAAGACUUUGAAAGAAGUGUUUGGAAAUAAUCUUGAGAAGGGCUCACCAAUCGACUGCGUAUCCAUUGAAUCCAAUAAGUCAAACGAGAUUCCUUGUCUUGCUAAAUAAUCCCGCCCCCGAC